CGUUCACAGAGAUCAAUAGUAUAUAUCACCUUUUUGCCUACAUAUAUUUUUACUUAUAUUUUGUUAUCCAUUAUUAUGUUGUUGUAUUUUUUAAAACAAGUACUUAAAAAAAGGCAAAGACCCUUAAAAGUAUUCAAUGCGGACUUUUACUUUAAAAAAAUAAGCGUUCUCUUCAGAUGACCAACUUCCUGUUAGUAACCAGGCCUUGUGUGACAACGGUUCCUAGGCAGGAUUUGUUGGUGUUAGCGGUAUACGCAGUUAUUCAGUUCAUACAAGUAUUUCUGAUCAUUUUUAUUUAGCUAAAAGUCAAAUAAAAAACGAAAGUCUGUGACAGCGCUCCGAGAACUAUAAUGCAAUAAAUAAAAAUAAAAUCUUUUCAACGCAUCGCUAGCUAGUCAGGGUUUUUUUUGUUGGGUUUAAGUCACAAACCUUUCAAGAUGAGCGAACAGCUCAAAUUUAUCGUUGAACAACUGAACAGGGAGCCUUUUAAGAAAAACUUAAAUCUCAUUACUUUCGAUUCUCUGGAGCCUAUGCAGUUACUGCAGACUUUAAAUGAUGUGCUGGCGGAAAUUGAUCCAAAGCAAGCCCUUGAUAUACGUGAGGAAAUCCCAGAACAAACAGCCAAGAGAAUGUUUACUCUUUUGGGGAUGCUGAAAUACAAACCGCCUGGAGGAAUAUCUGAAGUGAGCAGUUUUCGCCAGGGUUUGGUGGCAGGCAGUAAGCCUGUGGUGCACCCCAUCUUGCACUGGCUGUUACAGAAGAUUCCAGAGCUGAAGAAGAGAGCGUAUCUGGCCAGAUUCCUCUUCAAACUAGAGGUUCCUGCUGAGUUUCUCCAAGAUGAUAUCAUUGCUGAUACCUACCACCAGUAUGAGGAGCUGGUGGAGGGAUUCAAGAACAUCCAUAAAGAGUGUGAACAGCUGAAGAGCUCAGGUUUCUCCACCGCUGACAUCCGGCGGGACAUUGUUGCAAUGGAGGAGGAGAAGGACCAACUUAUCAAAAGGGUGGAGCGUCUUAGAAAAAGGGUGGAAGCAGUGUCAAACCACCAGCGCAUGCUGGAACUGGCCAGACAGUUGCGAGUGGAGAAAGAGAGAGAAGAGUCUCUUGCUCAUCAGAAACAGGAGCAGAAAAACCAGCUCUUCCAGGCUGAGCAGAGACUGCAGAGAUCUCACAUCCAGCUCAAAGACUUGCAGCAGGCAGCCGCAGACGAAAAGCCAGAGAGCCUCAUGAAGAGACUUGAUGAGGACAUCAAGUUCAACUCUUACAUGGUGUCUGAGAAGCUUCCCAGAGAGUUGGAGAACAUGAGAAAGGUGGUGCAGUACCUACAGAAGGUGGCAUCUGAGCCUGCUAUGGGACAAGCAGAGCUGAGGGAGCUGGAGGACAAGAUCAGAGAAAUCAACACGGAGAUCAACCAUCUCAUCGAAAAGAAGAUGAUGCGUAAUGACCCCAUGGAUGAUAAACUCUCUCUGUUCAGACAGCAGGCUGCUAUUAUAGUCCAUAAGAAGGAAACCAAGGUGCAGGAGUUGCAGGAGGCCCGUGAGGAGCUGGCAGCUGUGGAAAGAGAAUUGAACAUGAAGAUCAGUCAGGCACAAGAACGGGGCGGAGCGGAGCUGAUCCGUGGAGAUGAGUUUAAGCGAUAUGUGGCCAAGAUGCGUGGCAAGAGCAGCAUGUAUAAGAAAAAACGUCAGGAGAUUGCUGAGCUGAAGGCAGAGUACGGUGUUCUACAGAGGACUGAAGAGAUCCUGAGAGAACGACACACAGCUGGACAACAGCAGCUGCAAUCACUGGAGGCUCAGCGGGGGAUCUCAGGCUACAGUGAUACUCAGGAGGAGCUGGAGAGAGUCUCCGCUAUCAAGAGCGAGCUUGACGAGAAGAAGGGGCGAACGCUGGACGACAUGUCUGAAAUGGUAAAAAAGCUGAAUUCAGUGAUUGCAGAGAAGAAGUCUGCUCUAUCUCCACUGAUAAAGGAUCUGAGAGCUCUGAGACAGGAACAUGCGGAGCUCGCUCCAGAAUAUGAGCAAAAAAAGGGUCAGUACGACACCUGUGCUGCAGGACUGGAGAGCAACAGAUCCAAACUGGAACAGGAAGUGAGGACACUCAGGGAAGAGACUGCGCAGGAAGAAAGCCGAUAUCAUCACAUUAACUGCUUGAGAGAGAUUAUUGAGAGUCAAAUGCAGAGAGCUGCAGAGCAGAGUAAGAUCAAUCAGUCAAUGGACUUACAGGUGCGGAGGACGGCCCUCAGAGAGAAGUACAUUUCGAACACAGCAGAGCAGGAGUCGUUGGGCAAGGUUCUACGUCAGCAGGUGAAGCAGGUGCGAGAGAACCAGGAGCCCAAUAUGAGACAGAUGAAGAUGUGGAAGGAUCUGGAGACGCUGUUGGAGUGCAAGAAGCAGUGCUACCUCAAGGCUCAGAGCCAGGCGCCUAUUGGGCACGUCAUCCAGGAUGUUGGCAAGGAUAUGCUAGUUCUGUGAUGCCAUUUCCCAUGUUGAGGUGUCUUUCUGGUCAUUAAUAUAUGAAUAAUAAUAAUAAUAUAAACACAUUAUGUAUACAAUUGUUUGAAUACUAGGUAUGAUAAAACUGUGUAUUAAUACACAAAUGUGCAUUCUAAAGUAAAAGGGUUCAAAGCUGACACACUAACUUCCAACAAGUCCCUAGUCUCGGUUUUGACACGUCUUUAAGAACAGAGCUCCAGUCUAUGUGUCCGGAGAUAACGCCUAACAAAGUGCUACACUUUGGAUGCACUUGUGCUCCAAGUUAUUUUGGGAAACAACAGCCAUGACCUUGGCCAGAAGAGCGGUCCAAUUUAGGAAUUCAGUUAGAUCUCCAAAUGUUGCUCUGUCAUGGUUGUGCUGAAGUAGUAAACACUCAUUUGUCCCAUCAUCAUACAUUUAGUAAAAAAAAAAAACUAUUGUUUUUUUCUGCCUGUGUGGAAAAGUGAGAAGAUUGCUAGGCUAGUUCACUUCUAUCUUUGUUUGAAAAUUUGAAAUAAAAAAUGUAUCUAAACAUAUUGUAAAUUAACAAUUUAUACAGUUAUGCAGUUGUUGAAUUUAUAUUUUCUAACUUUCAAAUUUCUUUCUCUCUUUCUUUUUCUGUCCGAUGCAUUCAUCCAUCUAGAAUGUAUUUGUUUGGACAAAAAUUAUUAUUCCUAAAGAACCCAUAAGCAUAUAUAAACUGAUCAUUUCUAUACAAAUAUACUAUAUACAGAUAUAUUUCGAUACAGAUAUAGAGCUCCAGGGUGGUAAUUCAUUCAUUUAUUCUUAUAUUAAUAAUAUGCAUCCUCACGUACUGUUGCAUAUCUCUGUGUCUACACGGUAUAAUGAACAUCUGGCAGCGUGAAAUGAUUUAAUAGUGAGUCAGUCUCGUUCAUAAGGCCCACAUCAUAAUCACAGUUUGAUUUUCUUUAACCAGCAAUUAGAGUAAAAUAAAAAAGUAUUAUUAGUUUUAUAUUCCAAAUGGGUAUACGAGGUGAUUAAAAGAAAAUAUAUAUAUUUUUAAAUCUUCUUAAAAAUGUUAUACUUGUAUCCACACAGAUUUCAUUUUUAUACUUGUUAAUUAAAUUAUUUAAAUGAUUUUAGUUGAA